AAUAUACGGAGUACAUUGUAUAUAUAUUGGAGGUUUGGUUCAUAAUAAAAUAGGAACGUAUACAUACCUAUGGGACUAGAUUGGCUUAAGGGACUGCGUUUUCAUUCUGCAAACGAUUAUAUAUUCGUAAGAAAUGAAAGAGAAAAGCAAGAAGAAGAAUGUGGAUAUCAUUGCUAUCAUCCUUGCCAACGAUGUGAUAGAACAAAUACUGUUAAAAUUGCCUCUAAACUCUCUUCUAAACUCCAGAGGUGUUUGCAAACAUUGGAAGUGCCUUAUCGAAUCCCCUCGCUUCAACGACUGCUAUCACAAUCCACCACAACAGCUCGAAAAAGAAGGCAGCAGUUGCAACGACAAAACACUUGUUUCGAUCAUAUCGAACAGGCAGAUCUACACGAUAGACCUAAAGGAACUCCAAAUUGGUAGAUCAUCUUUGAAUAUAAAAGACUAUUACAAAACCCGAAACAGGUGUUCAAGUUCUAAGUGUGAUAAUACAGGAUCAGUUGGUACUUGUAAUGGUAUGCUUUGCUUCACUGAAAACACAAUCGUUCUGUACAACCCAUCAACGAAUGUAAAUCAUAUUGUCCCAAUCCAACCCAAAUCCUACUAUUGUGUUCCUAUCCCUAAAGGACAUAUUGUUGAUGCAAUGUGUGGGUUUGGAUAUGAUUAUACUACCUAUGAUUACAAAGUCGUAUUAGUCGUUUGGAUCUCUACUUCGCCUUUUCUCACUCAGACGUGUCAUCAAGCUCAUGUUUAUAGUUCCAAAACCAAAUCGUGGAAGCCUAUUCAAGGUUUUCCUAUGGGAACCCUAAGUGUUGAACAAUGUUCUGAUUAUUAUGUCUUCGUCAACAACUCUCUGCAUUGGCUUUUGGAUCAAUCGGGAGGUAUUUUACGUUUCGAUCUCUCUUCCGAGACGUUUUCGUUGCUUCCGUGGCACACGCAAUGGGACUGCGGUCCGGGUGUGUUUUUGAACAUGGUAGAGGGAUGCUUGAGUGCUUGGUUUAGACGUGGUAAUGAAAUUGAAAUAUGGAUUAUGAAAACGUAUGGUGUACAAGAAUCUUGUUGGACUAAACUGUUGAAUAUUCAGACUGAUGUUGAAGCUGUUACGCUUAUCGCUUUCUCAAAGGAUUGGGAUCGAUUGUUGUUGGCCGAGUUUCCGACGGAGAUAACUCAGAAUACAAGGUUUUGCUGGUAUGAUGUUCAUACCAGCGGAAGAAUAUGGGAAAUAGAAGUUCAAAAUACCAACCAGGAUAACAUAUAUGAGGUGGAGACUUCAAUGCAGAGUAGAUUAACUCUUGAUCCCAUUAAGAUUAAGAAGAAGAGAAGAAAAAGAAAAAGGAUCUGUUAGACUGUUACAGGUGAAGGAUCUAUUGUACGAUCAAUCAAGUCCUCAGUUUAGAGAACUUCUAUGUGCCUCUCUUUUUUAACAUAUACGUAUGAAGCAUGAAAAACUGCAGAAUGUUAUUCUCUCUUUUUAUCUUUUUCUGAAUAAUAAUAUAUCUUUUUUCAUUCAAAUGUAGAAAUAUGCUAUUUAU